AUGAUUUUUCUUUAUUUGGGGAAUGUAUUUGCCGUAAAUUUGGAUAUUUUGGUGUGUUUCGUGGUACAUUCGACCGUUUUGUUGGCUUUUCCAGACUGCUCGGCCUACAAAAUAAAUACUAAAAAGACUGCUCGGCCUAGAAAAUUAAUACUAAAAAGGGAUCUGAUGCCGUUUCAAGUCUUCCGAGAGAGCGGUAGAACGCAAGAGGAAUGUUAUUGCCGUAAAUUUGGAUAAUUUGGUGUGUUUUAUGGGACAUUCGACCGUUUUCUUGGUUUUUCCAGACUGCUCGGCAUACAAAAUGAAAUGGUAAGGAUUUAAGUUACCCAUGAAAACUACAAAUAAUUUUUCUCAUUUGUACGAUUUUUCUGUUUUUAGGAAUGCUGAAGCCAUCCGAGAGAGGAUUAGAAUGCAGGGAGAAUGUAAUUGCCGUAAAUUUGGAUAUUUUGGUGUGUUUCAUGGUAAAUUGGACCGUAUUCAUCCUUCUUCCAGACUGCCCUGACUACAUUUUAAAUUCUGUAAAGGUAAGAAUUGAAUUUUCUAUGAGAAAGAACAUAUUUCUGACCAUUUUUUUACAUUUUUCAGGUAUCUGAUGCCGUUUCAAGUCUUCCGAGAGAGGAGUAGAACGCAAGAGGAAUGGUAUUGCCAUAAAUUUGGAUAAUUUGGUCUGUUUCAUGGUACAUUCGACCGUUUUGUUGGCUUUUCCCGACUGAUCGGCCUACAAAAUGAAUACUUAAAAGGUAAGGAUUAAAUUUUCUAUGAGAAAGAACCUAUUUCUGACCAUUUUUUUCAUUUUUCAGGAAUCUGAUGCUGUUUCAAGCCUUCCGAGAGAGGGGUAGAACGCAAGAAGAAUGUUAUUGCCGUAAAUUUGGAUAUUUUCGUGUGUUUUAUGAUACAUUCGACCGUUUUGUUGGUUUUUCCAGACUGCUUUGCCUACAAAAUGAAAUGGUAAGGAUUUAAGUUACCCAUAGAAAAAAGAGUACUGUUGGAUUUUUCUUAUACUUAAAAUUUUCUUGUUUUGCAGGAUUGGCACGGGAUAAUAAGAAGCAAAGGACAACUAGUAGCUUGGAAUAAACCCCCAACAACAAUUGGAGGCAUAUUUUGGAUUUUUUCUGCCAUUUUCAACAUUAACCGAACAACCCAGUACUUCGAUCGGAGAACCUUCGAACAAUGGAAUAUUAUGCUAAAAAGGAUUGAAACUGGAAAAAAGGAAGCAAACAGCAACUGGCAAAGCAAAAUAACCCACCAGGACCAAUUUGAGCAACAUUUUGGAGUCUUUUCUGGAGGCUUUUCUUUCCAUUCGAUCGAACAACAGUGUUGAAGAACCUUCGUAAACAAUACAUUAGUAUGUUAAUUGUGAAAUGGGUAAAGUUUGAUUUUAGGCUCCAUAUUUCUGCGCAUGCGCCAAUUUCAUGAGAUUUCACAGCUGACAUCGUCAAAAUGUGUACAUCGUUGCCAGAUUGUGCAAAUGGAAAUAUUGGUAAAAUAAAAUUAAAAUUUUAUUAAAAAUAUAAUUAAUAUAAUAUAAUAAA